CGCACGUGACGCGAGAUAGUCUUCUUCUCCCUUCCUUCAGCUCCAGCUCUAGGGUUUCGUCUCCCGCAUCAGUUCCUCUCCCCUCUCUCUUCCUCGCCCAUCCUCCUCCCCCUCCCCUCCCCCUCCUCCUCCUUCCCGCAACCGGAUCGCCGGAGGGCGCCACGUCAGGCGGUCCAGAUCGCGGCGUCGCGAGCGAUUCCGGCAACCCUUGGCCGCGGGAGCUGGUGCCGCGCGUGAGGUUUAGCGCCUCCGUCCAUGGGAGCCCGCAGCAAUUAGGGCCUCAGCAGCUUGGCUAUGUAUCCCAAGCGGUCCGGUCAGGGGGACGUGCCCGUCCCGAGGCCCGUGCGCACCAGCGAUAGGCUCCGGCGAAGGCCGAAGAUUUACGGCCGCACCUACUUCUACUACAACCCCUCCAUCAUCCGCACCAAGAAGAGCAAGGCCAAGACGAGGACCGCGGCUUCGCAGAUUGCGAGGCUGCUCCGCCCUGGGACUCGGUCCGACCGGACCCCUAAUUCCACGUCAAUGGCGACCAACCUCCGGCGUUCUUCCAGGAAGAGGGUCUCUGUACGUUUCGAUGGCUAUACAGACAGUUCUGGCAUGGAGGACGAGGACCUGAUGAUAAAGAGUUAUAGAUCUUCGAGGAGACGAAUAGAUAAUAAUGCAAGUCACGAUGAGCUAUCGACUCCGCAACGUAGAAAAAUCGUGGAGAAGAGAUCGGCUCCUCGUCGUGAAGGCUUGAGGCCACGUCAUUCGAAUGCCAUGGCAGGACAUAACGAUUUGCAUUCAGAUGAUGAGGAACAGGGUACAUCUGAUGAGAAGGCUGACCAAGAUGGAGCUGAAAAUGGCAAUGGAGAAGAUGCUGAGAAUGAGGAUGAGGGGGAUGGGGAGGAUGAGGGUGAUCGCGGGGGUGAAGGUGAUGGUGAAGAUGAAGGAGAAGAGGAUGCUGAUGAUGACGAGGUUGAAGAUGAACAGGAGGGCCGGAGAAGGUAUGAUCUUCGUAAUCGUGCGGAAGUGCGAAGACUUUCAAUGGAUACUGGGAAGCAAAGACCAAGAUCUCCAAGAAGAAUAUUGCAUCAAGGAAUGGGGAAUAAGGUCAGUAGAGAUGUUAGAAAGGGUACCUCUCGUGUUCAUAAACGGCACCGUAUAGGAAGGGCUGAAGAUUCCGACGAUUCACUUCUUGUAGAUGAGCUAGAUCAGGGACCUGCAAUUCCCUGGGGACGAGGUGGAAACCGCUCGGGAGCUCCUUGGCUCUUCGGGGGACUAGAUAUGCAUGGGACAACAGCCUGGGGUUUGAAUGUUGCUGCAUCUGGUUGGGGUCAUCAGGGUGAUGCCCUUGCUGUCUUGACUAGCGGGAUCCAAACUGCUGGCCCUAGUUCUAAGGGUGGGGCAGAUAUCCAGCCUUUACAGGUCGAUGACAGUGUGAGUUUUGACGAUAUCGGUGGCCUCUCUGGGUAUAUUGAUGCUCUGAAGGAAAUGGUCUUCUUUCCCUUACUAUAUCCUGAUUUCUUUGCAAGUUAUCACAUUACUCCACCAAGAGGAGUGUUGUUGUGUGGUCCGCCUGGCACAGGGAAAACGCUGAUUGCAAGGGCAUUAGCUUGUGCUGCUUCAAAGGCUGGUCAGAAAGUCAGCUUUUAUAUGCGGAAGGGUGCUGAUGUGCUUAGCAAGUGGGUUGGUGAGGCUGAGAGACAGUUAAAGCUGCUUUUCGAGGAGGCGCAAAGGAAUCAACCUUCCAUUAUAUUCUUUGAUGAAAUAGAUGGUCUUGCUCCUGUACGGUCUAGCAAGCAAGAACAGAUUCACAAUUCCAUCGUGUCGACUUUGCUUGCCUUGAUGGAUGGUCUUGAUUCUCGUGGGCAAGUUGUUCUGAUUGGAGCUACCAACAGGAUUGAUGCCAUUGACGGGGCUCUUCGUAGGCCUGGACGAUUUGAUCGUGAAUUCAACUUUCCUCUGCCGGGUUGUGAGGCACGUGCAGAAAUACUAGACAUACACACUCGCAAGUGGAAGAAGCCUCCAUCAGAGGAGCUGAGGCGGGAACUCGCGGCUAGUUGUGUCGGAUAUUGCGGUGCGGACUUGAAGGCCUUGUGCACUGAAGCUGCUAUACGCGCCUUCCGUGAAAGAUAUCCUCAAGUUUACACCAGCGACGAUAAAUUUUUGAUAGAUGUUGAUUCUGUUAAGGUUGAAAAAGAUCACUUUAUUGAAGCCAUGUCGACAAUUACACCCGCUGCUCACAGAGGCUCCAUAGUGCAGUCUAGACCAUUGUCCUCUGCAGUUGCACCAUGCCUAAAGAGACACCUGCAGAAAGCCAUGGCCUGUAUCUCUGAUAUUUUUCCUCCUCUAGCAGUUUCGUCUGAUUUAACCAAGCUUUCUAUGCUAUCAUAUGGUUCUGCAAUCCCUUUAGUGUAUAGACCUCGGCUACUGCUGUGUGGUAAUGAAGGCGUUGGGCUGGAUCACCUCGGGCCUGCUAUAUUGCAUGAACUGGAGAAGUUCCUGCAUUCUCUUGGACUUCCGUCUCUUCUUUCGGAUCCUAGUGCAAAGACACCUGAAGAAGCAUUGGUUCAUAUAUUUGGUGAAGCCAGGAGAACGACCCCAUCAAUACUCUAUUUACCUCAAUUCCAUCUUUGGUGGGAAACAGCACACGAUCAGUUGAGGGCUGUCCUACUGACUCUCUUGGAGGAAUUGCCAUCAGACUUGCCUGUAUUAUUGCUUGGAAUCUCACUAGAAGCACCUGAGCAUGAUAAGCAUGUCACUUCAAUUUUUCCUCCGCGCACCGUCUAUCAAGUGGAGAGACCUUCUGUUGAAGAUAGAGAUUCCUUUUUUGACAAUUUAAUCGAAGCUGCCUUGUCAGUCUCUUCUGAUGUUAUCACAAAAGAAUGCCCAAGAUCUGUGUCUCUUCCCGAACUUCCCAAGGCACCUAAAGUUGCAACUGGCCCAAAGGCCUCUGAACUGAAAGCUAAGUUUGAGGCUGAGCAGCAUGCACUUCGACGACUGCGCAUGUGCCUUCGAGAUAUUUGCAACAGGAUUCUGUACGACAAAAGAUUUAGUGUCUUUCAUUAUCCAGUGACAGAUGAAGAUGCCCCAAACUAUCGCUCAAUCAUUCAGAACCCAAUGGACGUGUCCACUCUACUGCAGCGUGUUGACUCCGGACAGUACAUUGCAUGUUUAGCAUUUCUGCAGGACAUGGAUCUAAUUGUUACUAACGCAAAAGCUUAUAACGGAGAUGACUACAAUGGCGCUAGAAUUGUUAGCAGAGCUCAUGAGCUUCGUGAUGCGGUGCAUGGAAUGUUGUCACAAAUGGACCCUGCUCUGGUAACCUACUGUGACAAGAUUGCGGCUCAAGGGGGCCCAAUCAACUUGCCAGAUGAUUUAGCUGGAUCAACCUUUCCUUCGACUCCUGUUGUGCACCUUGGAACAGGUACUAGAGCAAGUGCUCGACUUCGGAAUGUCCAGCCAGAUUUAAAUUUAGACCAAACCUAUGUGGCACUGAAACGACCGAAGAAGAACGUCGAUGGCCAACAUGGAGAGGAAGAGAAGUUAAGGAUCCAAGAUUCAGGUCCGUCAAAGUCAUCCCAUGAUCUGGAGUUGAAUGACGUGGCUCCUGAGAGGCCUGAACCCUCUCCUGCUGAUGUCAGCACUGCGGAACCUCCCGAAGCCGCUACCGAAUGUGGUGAUGACGGUGGCAGAUCAAAUGAUGCAUUGAUGUUGGAUUCUGAUGUUUCAGAUCAAGUGGCAUCGGUUAAGCAGCUCUUCAUCGAUCGUACAGAUAAUUACGUCAUUCCUCAGCUGGAAAGGCUCUACACUAGGAUUAUAAAGGGAGUAUUCGAGACCAGAAAAGGAGUCGGGGGUAAUCUGAGGCACUCAAUUUUGAGUUUUUUGUUGAAAUUUGCGGAGAAUGAAGCAAAUUUCUCCUCUUAAAGCCCUUUUCUUGUCUCCUUUCCCUGUUCUUUUUCCAAAAUAGCCAAAAAAAGAAAACAGAAAAGAAUAGGAAGAAUUGCUUGUACAGUCGGGAUUUUCUUUUUAAUGGAACAACUAAUUGAGUGGAAACA